AUGUCCGUCUUGUUUACCUCGACCUCACCGGACAAUCCUGUGAAGAAGGAGGAUGCUCAACUUCUAUUGAAUGAUCUCGGGUUGACGAUCGCUCCUGAAGAGGUGGACGACUUCCAUACGCUCCUCGCUGCUGUUCAUGACUGCGCGGAGGAUGUGUCAAAGCUGCCAGACUACCAGCCUGUGCCCGACAUAUCACGCUACCCACGACAGGACGUACGACGGCCUGGCCCGGAGGAGCAAGUCUUCGGGCAAGCCUGGGCUCAUAGAUUCCUCAUUGAGGGCAAUAAAGAAGGAGGUUCUCUGGCUGGUAAGACAGUCAGCCUGAAAGAUUGCAUCGCAGUCGCUGGUGUGCCUCAGCUACUUGGUAGCGACGUGAUACCAUCUUGGACACCCACUACCGAUGCCACAGUUGUGAAGCGACUUCUGGACGCGGGUGUAGAUAUCCUAGGUACUUCAACAUGCGAAAAUUUCUGCCACUCGACCGGCUCAUAUACCAGUGCCCAGGGCACAGUCGAGAACCCACAUGCGGCUGGUUACUCUGCCGGCGGAAGCACGUCUGGCGGCGCUGCUCUAGUUGCGGGCGGCGUGGUGGAUAUCACAAUAGGGGGAGAUCAGGGUGGCAGUAUCAGGGUACCUGCGUCAUUCUGUGGCUGUGUUGGUCUCAAGCCAACUCAUGGCCUGGUUCCAUUCACUGGUAUCACAAGUGGCGAUGCUGUGAACGAUCACGCGGGUCCCCUGGCGCGGUCUGUACAAGAGGUCGCGCUAUGUUUGGAUGCCAUUAGCAGAUAUGAUGGAAUAGACGAUAGAUCACUCAGCAGCCCUAGGCCGGGAACAACCACAUUUGCUCAGACACUCCAAACAGAACCAGCCAGACUCGAAGGCUUCAACAUCGGCGUCCUCAAAGAAGGGUUCGAGCACAGUGCUGUUGACCCAACAGUCAGAAGCUGUGUCAUGGCUGCCGUGCAAAGAUUCAAGGAGCUUGGUGCUGUCAUCGAGGAAAUCUCUCUCCCCGAGCACCUGCACGGCCCCGCCAUCUGGACAAUCCAGCAACGCAUAGCAGGAUCCAUGAGUCUCUUGGGGCACGCGCAUGGGAGGCACGGGCUUUACAUGACGGAGCUGGACGGUGCAAGGCUUCCUUGGACGGAUGAAGGCUUCCAGAGAGCUUUUCCCGCGACCAAGAAUGUCAUAAUCAACGGCUUGUACCUCGCUUCGCGCUUCCCGGGCCUUUACGGCAAGACCAUGAACAUCGGUCGCAGACUUCGGGACCUAUACGAGAAUAUCUUCGAGAAUCACGAUGUAGUGGUCAUGCCUACCACGCCUGUUAUCGCAUCCAGGCAUGGAAAGCGUGGUCUUCCUCUGGAGUCAGUCAGGCCAAGUAUGGGACUUACGAUCAAUACCGCCAUAUUCGAUGUCACAGGCCAGCCUGCCAUGUCAAUCCCCGUUGGGUUUGCCUCUGCCAAAGAUAAUGUGGACGUGCAGUUGCCGGUUGGAAUGCAGAUUGUCGGUGGGUUGUGGCAGGAUUCCAAGGUUUUAAGAGCUGGUCAUGCAUGGGAGACCAAUUUUGAUUGGAAAGACAAUCGCUAUACCAUUAAUUAA